AUGACUAUCGUUAAGCAAGGCCGGCCGAUUCUAGCCGGAAAGACUAGCCAAGAAACGUUACGAGAAAGAGAGAGGGGACGCAAGUUGUGGCAAGGCCGUGGAAUUGAUAGAGAAGUCGAGAAAAAAGUCUCGCCGAUUCUCCGGCAACGGGAGUAUCGAAUUUUAUUCACGGACGCGGCGAGUCCGCAUUCCCUGCAACGUACAGAACUGUUACAGGUGUCCGCGCAUAGGGACAGCGUGCUGCCACUCAGAAGACUGCCAAAGAAUCGAUAGAAAACACAUGCGCCCCACAGAAUCUCGUCACUCUGUGAAGAUCUCGCUUUCGUUGUGGUUAGAAAACACUUACGUUAGAAAUGUAAUUUAAGAAGAAUUGAAACAGAAUGACGACGUACAUCGUAAUUCCACUGACCAUCUACAAGAAUAGAAUCAGUUUCACAGUUACGGAGGAAUUUCAUUUCACGCACG